AUGAAUCAACAACAUCAUGAGAGGAAAAGGAAGUGGAAUGAACAACUUGGCGGCUUGACAGUGAAACAAAUUAGGGUCAUCAUGGCCGGGAGGGAUGCUGCAAUCCAAGAAAGGGAUUUGACCAUUGCCCAAAAAAAUGCAGCUGUUGCUGAAAAAGAUAUUGUGAUCGAAGAACUGAGUCUGGCCAUUGCAGAAAGAGAGAUUGCAAUAGAAGAACGGAGUUUGGCCAUUGCUGAAAAAAAUGUAGCUGUUGCUGAACGACUCCAAGCCAUCUUGCGGAAAGAUGCAGCAAUUGCCGGGCAGAACAUCGACAAAAUGGAAAAAGAAUGCCUUUGCAUUGCUUUAUGGCAUCACUGUACCCUACAACCCCAUCUCACACCAUCUGUGUGGGGUGUGGAGGGUACAGCCGGAUUGAGAGGAUCUGGGCUCUCCAGCUACCAGCAGCCAGGGAAAUGGAAUCCCAGGGAGUCAAGAACAAUAAAAAGGGAUAAACCUCCAACUCACUUCCAACUUAGGAUUAAGUCAUUUUCCUUGCUCUCGAAGUCCUCGCUUGAAAGAUACAAUUCUGGCAAUUUCGAAGCUGGUGGAUACAAAUGGAAACUGUGUCUGUACCCAAAAGGAAACAAAGAUGCCAAUGGGGAAGAAGGGCGCCUCCCUCUGUACCUGGAAAUCUCAGAGAGAGACACCCUCUCUCCAGGUUGGGAGGUCCAUCCCUUGUUUAGGUUGUUUUUGCUUGACCAACAUAGGGACAAAUAUUUGAUACUGCAAGAUGCCAGUGGAAAUGGAAAUGGAAAGGCAAGAAGAUUACAUGCAUCAAGAACUCAGCCUGGGUUUGACAGAUUUAUUACCCUGAAAGAAUUCAAUGACCCUACUAAUGGAUACUUGGUGAACGAUACUAGCGUGUUUGGAGCUGAAAUCAUUGUCCACAGAGAGUGUGUUGCAGGCAAAGGGGAGUGUCUGUUGGUGACAGCCAGACCUGUUAGUUGUAACCAUAUCUGGAAGAUAGAAAAGUUCUCUGAAUUGGCUAAUGAAUUACAUUCCUCGGAAGUGUUCAGUGCUUGUGGUCAUAAAUGGUACCAGUUAACUUAUGCUUCCACCAUUUUUACACCUCAUACUACCUACCAGCUGAAGUCUGAAGUCUCUGAACUGUUUAGAUUGUUGAUUUGAGGAGAAUAGAUAUGUAUCCCAAUGGUUGUGCUGAAGAGAAGGGCAAAAGCCUUUCUUUGUUCUUGAUGUUGGAUGAUCAAAAACUCUUCUUACCGGCCGAGGAUUGUAUGUGGAUGCACAAAUGCAAGUAGUAGACCAGCUCAACGGAAAUCACGUGGAAUGUAAACUGUAUAACUGGUUUAGUGACUCAAAUAUGGGUUGGGGUUGGAGAAAGCUCCUCUCUCUCGAUAGUCUCAGAGAUGGAUCGAAGGGCUACUUGGUGAAAGAUAACUGCAUCAUUGAGGCACACUUUCUACUCAUUGGAGCAAUUGAGAAACUGGGCCCGAAAUCAAAAUGAGAGGAGAAGAAGCUUUUGAUGAGCUCAGUAUCUUAAUAUGGUUUAGGUUAUUCAGCAAGAUCUGGUGGAUGAGAUUACCGCAGCAUUGAUGAACUAUCUGCAUAUAAACAUGAACAUUUGAGUCUACUUGCUAGUGAUUUAUUAUGUUACUGAAUUUUUCGGGUUAUAAUGCACAGAAAAUACUUUUUGUUGCC